CGUUAUUCAAGCACCUAUUACAAAUUACUCAAGCAGUUAUUGCACAAAUUAUUAGGCUGUUUAUCACAAUAUUUAAAUCAAUCACUGAUCACAACCUAUCACAAUAAUUUUUUAGUAAUUAGUACUUUAUGUUCUAUUAAAACAUGCGAUCUACAGGAAUAAAUUCUUUGUACUCAUAAUUAUAAAAUUAAUUAUUAUGUAUAAAUUUUGUAAUCAUACUCACAUACACACACAUGCACACACAUACACAUAGUUUCCGAUACAAAGAGAUUUUGCAAGCAAAAUUAAUUGCAUUACAUACAUCAUAUAAAAGAGGAAUAAUAUUAUUCCUCUAUAUUCCUCUAUAUAUAUUAAUGUGCAUUAUGUCAUCUAUGUUAACAGAUGAUUAUGAAAGCGAUGAUUUAAGAAAUAUCUGGCAAAAAGUAAAACCACGGAAUUAUGGCCCAAUCUCGUACUUGUGGCCGCGAUGGCUUUCAGAAUUGAUAACACUACGAGACGUUCAUGAUAUCAUUCACGCCGCAAGAAAGAUUCCUGUUGGCGUAAUUCUGUUUGCGUGGCUAUUGCAUAUUAUUUUUUGGUAUCUGUUAGCAGUGUACUUGGAUAAUAUUAAUCCAGGAAAAUUUGGCAGUGCGAAGCCCUGGUACUAUUUAUGCAAGAAACCUAUUUAUGACAAUGACGAAUUAACGAUUCGAGGAUCGACUAAUUGGUCGGCAGUAGAGCACACACCAUCAUACAUAAAGGAAUGUAUAAACCGACUCAUGGUCACGUUUACUUGGAGAACGGAUCACUAUGUCCGAUUGGUUAUUGCCCGCAAGAAAAUAUAUUAGUGAAUUAUUUGACGACAAUACAGCAUCUCUAUAUAUUUGGCAUGAUGAAAGGAAUGACUUAUAUGGAUGCAUAUAGGGAAUCAUUAAAGUUGUUAAAGCAGCUCAACUUAGAGUACGUGAAGGAUACGAAAGCGAAAUCUUGCUCCUUUGGUACGCAAAGAAGAAUUUGUCUAGCAAUGGCACUUAUCGGCAAUACUAAUAUCCUCAUUCUCGACGAACCUACAUACGGUAUUGACCCUGAGCACAAAAAGCUAAUGUGGGAUUUACUUUUGGAUAUAAAAAGACACAAGACGAUACUAAUAGCAACUCAUUCUAUGGAAGUUGCGGAUUUUCUUGCCGAUAGAAUCGCUAUAAUUGCAAACGGAAAGAUCGAAUGUUACGGCUCAAAAAUGUAUUUAAAUCGUCGAUAUGGUAAGAUAUAACUCUCUUAUUGACAAUUUAAAUUGUAUAAAAUAAAAUCAAUCUUUUAAGAUAAAAAAAAGAAUUUAAAGAUGUUAACCAAUUUUUCGAUUUUAUUUAAUCAAAUUUUUCUAAAAUUAA